CUUAAUGCGUGAGGUCAGAGGUCAGUCUGCGCGCCUCGCAUCGAUCCACUGUGAGAACAAGGAGCAGCAGUUCGUGACAAAUUAAAAACUACAGACCGACCAGUGUUCAUGGCUUUUCCUUAAAACAGUCCCAGCACGCUACAGAGAACUGCAGUUAUUGUGGUUUCUCAUCGGGGAGCUCGCAAUUUGUUAGCUUAUCGGUUAGCAUAACUUAGCUAGCCUCGUUAGCUGGCUAACGAAGAAAACACUAGCGCAACUUCAAGCUAGCUAACGGAAACUGACAUUUCUUCGAUCGGUGCAGUAAGUUACAGACGACCGCAGCCAUGCAGGACUUACUGGCUACCGUGGAUCACAUCAAGUUUGACCUGGAACUCGCUGUGCAGCAGCAGCUAGGAGCACAGCCUCUGCCCUUCCCCGGCAUGGACAAGUCCGGAUCAGCUGUGUGUGAGUUCUUCAUGAGAGCAGCUUGUGUGAAAGGUGGGAUGUGUCCGUUCCGUCACAUCAGUGGAGAGAAGACGGUGGUGUGUAAGCACUGGCUCAGAGGACUGUGUAAGAAGGGAGACCAGUGCGAGUUUCUCCAUGAAUACGACAUGACCAAGAUGCCAGAAUGCUACUUCUACUCCAAGUUCGGUGAGUGUAGCAACAAGGAAUGUCCAUUCCUGCACAUUGAUCCAGAGUCCAAGAUCAAAGACUGUCCCUGGUAUGACCGAGGCUUCUGCAAACACGGUCCUGACUGCAGACACAGACACACAAGACGAGUGAUCUGUGUGAAUUACCUUGUGGGCUUCUGUCCAGAAGGGAAGUCCUGUAAAUUCAUGCAUCCUCGUUUUGAAUUACCUAUGGGAGCUUCUGAACAGCCUCCUCUACCACAGCAAACCCAGAACCAGACAAAGCCUGUGCCUACCAUCGGUCGCUCGUCGCUCUCUCUUAUCCAGCUGACCAACUCCAGUCCAGGUCAGCGGCCGCAGAACCACAUGCAGAUGAAUUCUGUUCCGCAAAAUAACAUGACUGGCAACAGAGGGCCUCGGCCGCUGGACCAGGUCACCUGCUACAAGUGUGGUGAGAAGGGUCACUAUGCCAACAAAUGCACUAAAGGCCAUCUUGCCUUCCUAAGUGGACAGUAACCUUCAGCCUUGAUGUCACCUAAGCAGAGGAGACGAGAGGAAGAGCAGCAGAAGAGGAGGCCCGUUUGCUCAACCGGCUGAAGUUGAAUUUAAAGACUUUAACUGCCACUGUUGUCACGUCAGGAUGAUUUUACACAGGCACUAGGACAGAAACACAACAGCUAUUUCUAUCUUUUUUUGCCUCGUUCUAACCGUGGAUACAUGGGGGGGAAAAAAAAAAAAAGAUCAGAAAGAAGCUUCGCCCUGUGUGGCGAUGGUGGACUGACUCGAGGGUUAGUGUACAGUUUUCUACAAUGUUUGUACUGCGUAGCACACUGAAUAUUUAAAGACAUCAAACCAAGUUUCCUUGGGUCGUGUGACUGCAUCAGUGACACCAGACCAGUGGUUCUAUUUUGCGAAUUCUAGUAAAUCUGUCCGACAUUGUAAGUGAAAUAAAACAGAAAUGUGAUCAAUGCCAGUUA